AUGAGCACGUUCAACAAGCUCAACAUAUUCACGGGAUGGUGGGACGUGCCGCUGACGGACCAGGGCAGGCAGGAGGCCCUCGAAGCAGGCAAGCUCCUCGCCGCGGCCGGCUUCCGCUUCGACGUCGCCCACGCCUCCGUCCUCAAGAGGGCCGGCUCGUCUCUGCACCACCUUCUCGACGGCUGCGAUCAGCCAUACAUCCCCGUCAAGACGAGCUGGCGGCUUAACGAAAGGCACUACGGAGCGCUACAGGGGAGGAACAAGGCCGUGCUAGAGGAAGACAUGGGCGACAUCGUCGUCGAGUGGAGGCGAGCGUACGGCAUCAGGCCUCCCCCGAUGACCGAAACGCACCCGCACUGGCCUCUCAUCAGCCUCGACGAUCGUUACCGAGGGGUCAAGGUACCGGAAUCGGAGAGCCUGCGGGAUACGGCUAAAAGGGUGAUGGAGUACUGGGAGUCGGACAUCGUGCCAGACGUAAGGGCGGGCAAGAGAGUGGUGGUCGUGGCGCACGCGAACACCCUCCGGAGUCUUGUCAAGAAUAACAACUUGGUCCGACAGAGUUGGGUGACGGCUGUGGCGUGUGGCCUCGACAGACGUGGGCACGCGGGGCUGACUAUUUCCGUACCGAAACUUACGAAAAAAACGCUUGAUGAUAUCGACGAGGCCGCGAUCAGAAACGUCAACAUCCCCACGGGCGUACCUUUCGUCUACGACUUCGACACGGACCUGCGGCCUACCGGGGAACCAGACAAAAACGGGGUCCGCGGCCGGUUCGUGGGGGGUUGCGCCAUUCAGGAGUGA